UGGAUGUUCCCGGUGUUUAUGACGGGUUGGCGAAACAAUGGUCUCACUGUAGACGACCUCUUCCAGUGCUCCCGACACGACGAGUCACAACGGAUUGUCCAGGAGCUGGAAAAGCACUGGAAUAAUGAACGUCAAAAAAAGUCAUCCAAAUUCUGGAGGGCAUUAGUUAUGGCAUUCGGGAAAUACUAUAUACCGCCCCUCACUUUAUUAAUAUUGGGGGAAUGCAUUUGUCGUAUAUGUCAGCCCCUGCUACUAGGCAUAGUGAUAGACCAUUUUAACAAGGUCGAAAAUCGUACCUUUAAGCAAGCAUGCAUGGCCGCCGGGGGAGUAUGUUUUUGUACGGCCUUGUUCAUAUUGCUACACCAUUCGGCCACCAUUAUAGUCAUGCGAAUGGGUAUGAGAUUACGCGCCGCUUCCUCUACUCUUAUUUAUAAGAAGUCGCUUAAACUGAGCCGGGCAUCUCUGGCCAAAACCACAGUGGGCCACAUUGUGAACCUAAUGUCUAAUGAUGUCAGUCGAUUUGAUGAGUUUUCAAUAUAUGUCUGCUAUUUACUCGUAUCGCCCAUACAGACAGGGAUCGCCGUAUAUAUCAUAUAUACGGAGAUCAGUUACUAUUGCUUCGUAGGUUUGGCCCUUUUAUUGCUGUUAAUACUGUUUCAGGCAUUUAUGGGCAAACUUUUCUCGAAAGUCAGGAAUGAGGUCCGUGGCAUACAAAGGGCCCAUUUUCUAACUACUAUCAAUUAUUCGGUAUACUUGUCGGCCCCCCGUAUAAUACUGUUCGCGUGUUUUUCGGCAUAUGUGUUAACCGGGAACCUAUUGACCGCAAAAGCGGUGUUCAUUACAAUGGCUCUGUUCAACACUCUUAGGACUACUUCGAUGACACGGUUUCCCUACGCCAUCGCCCAAUGGGCUGAACUGACGGUGUCGUGCUCUCGCAUCCAGGUAUUCAUUCAUAAGCAAUAA